CCACCCACCACCGCCAUCGACAAUGAGCCCUACACACUCCGUUGUCUCCCUCCAACAACCCGCGGAAAAGAAAUGCCCAUCAAAAUCCAUCAAGAUGCUGAGGCGCUUCCGCGCCGUUUUCCGGUCAUUUCCAAUUAUUACGCCUGCGUGCAAAAUACCCGUCCGGCAGGAUGACUACAUCUGUGGCGGAAUGCGAAUGACCGGGACCCUAUUUGGGCACCAGAGAGCCAGAAUCAACCUCGCAAUCCAUGAAAACUCCAGGUCCCUCCCCAUUCUUUUACUCGAAUUAGCGAUACCCACCGAAAAAUUACUUAAAGAUAUGAGAUUGGGGCUCAUCAGAAUCGCUCUGGAAUGCGAAAAGCGGCCGUCGGAAAAGAUUAGCGUAUUAGACGAACCGAUUUGGACCCUGUACUGCAAUGGCAGGAAAGCGGGGUACGCUGUAAAGCGAGAGCCGGGGGAGGAAGAUCUGAUGGUAAUGCAGCAUCUGUACGCGGUGUCAAUGGGCGCCGGUGUGCUACCGGCAGAGAAUCAAGACGGGCAGUUGACGUAUUUGCGCGCGAAUUUUCAACGGAUCAUCGGGUCAAAGGAUUCAGAGACUUAUUACAUGAUGAAUCCGGAUAUGAAUAGUGGGCCCGAACUUAGCAUUUUCUUUAUCAGAAUUGGUUGAACUACCUUUUUUCUUUUUUUUUUUUUAAAGCAGCCAUGGGAAGUUGGGAACCGCAGUAAGACUGCGUACAACUUAAUAUUAAUUUAAUCUGGAUAAAUUAAUUAUGUUAAAUAAAAAUGUAAAAAUCAG